AUGCCGCCUCCACCCAAAGGGCCGGUAUCCGGUUUUGCAGCUGCUGCAAAGGUCCUUUUCGACUCUGCCCAGCGUGUUGGCGCAGUUCAGCCGCUGGAGCACAGUACCAAGGAGUACGCGCAGCAGCUCAAGAAGAUCCAGUCUCAUAGCAAGAAGAGAGGAGGCUCUCUGGGUGGGGUUUCGUAUAGGGUGGCGGAGUUCUUGGCGGCAAAGCGACCACCCACUCCUCAGCAAGCUCCCUCUGGACCACUCAAAGGGCGGACGAUCGCGAAGAAGGUGCCACUGAUUGAGAUUCCUUCUAUCCCAGCAAAGGCGACUGCAGAAAAGCAUCCGACCACGGAAAGAGAGACACGCCCGCCGCUUGAGCUGCCCCCGAGCUUGAGGUCGCUGUUUGUCACCAAGACGGGGCCGAGCACGGUGUCGGCACCACCACCACCGCCACCGCCUACGCAUCUUGCGACAGAGUCCGCGCCGCCAGCUUCAACUCCUGUCGAGGAGGUGUUUAUCACUGAAGACAAGCCCGUUUUCGAGGUUCGCCAGCAAGUGACGCCACAGCCAGCACCGGAGGCCGUUGUUCAGACAUCUGUUGUGUCUGCAGCGCCUCAGGAUGGUUUGAUAGCUGCCCGUAAACCGAAGCCGGUGAUUAGUAUUCCCAUAGCCGCGGUCGGCGCCACCGUUGUGGAAACGGCGGGGGAUGUAGCGGCUGGUGAUUCUGCGCCGGACGCCGCGGCGGCGACGGCGGCAACAGGGCUUUCGGUGGAUGUGUGGGAACAGCAGCGCGAGCGGGAGCUUGAGCGGCUGCAGAAAAAGCACGAGGAGGAGGAGCAGCGGCGCCUGACGUUGGCGCGAGAGCAGGAGCAUCAAACGCUCGGCAAGGAGUGGGUGAUGCGCCACACUUACAAAGUGUCUUUUGAGGCGGAACCUACUGUGGGCGGCAAGCUAUUGCGCGAGUUGUUCGCCGCAGAUUCCGCUGCCGCAGCUCUUUCGACGUUUCGGAAAAUGAUUGAUGCCGGCGCCCGGGCGUCAGCGCUGCUGCCGGCCGGUCUUGCGUCUGUCGCCUACAGCAUUCGGUCGGCACACCCCGCCGAGCGGCUCGACCUCAGGCGCGAUCUUCUCGACGCAGUAGGGAAGGCGAAGCUUCCUGACCAUGUGAUGCGGAAGGCACACUUACUGGUCUCUGGCGGCACAGACUUCUUGGCGGCGUUCGGUGCUUUGACGGAAGCGGAGAAGCAGCGCCUGGACAGCCGAAUCAUUGUGAAAGCACUCCAGGUCCUCGUGUGGAGUGAGCGGUGGGAAGAGGCGCUCAAGCUCGCCAAGGAAAGUCGCUCUAACUUCCGUAGCGGGAGCGAGGUGGUGGACCUAACCUUGCUGAGGGCAAGUCAGCUGUUGGAGGAGGGACCACGCAAAGAGGUGGUUGCCUACGCUUCUCGGAGUCUCACGGAGAGCGGGCGCAUGGGUGCGCGCGCAAAGCUUCUCAUCGCUAGCGCCGAAAGGGGCACGUAUCGCCGUACGUUGCUGAGGCAGCUGACAGCGUCGUCGGAUGUCGACGAGAGCGUCUACGCAGAGCUUAUUGUGCGCUCGGACAAAAGCCAAACAGAGGGGCUCUUGGCCGAGAUGGCUGCCAGGGGGCUCAACAACGAAGAUCCUGUGGUGCUCGGCGCUGUCGCUAUGAAGGCGCUCAACAGUGAUGCACCGGCGGACGUCUUCAAGGAGAUUUAUCGACAAGUUGCCAUGAUUGGUCUCCUACCAAUUCACAUCCGCGUUGCUACGAUGACAGCCGCGCUUCAUCCGACGGAGGAGGUGCUGCGGCAGGCGAUUGAGGUGGUGCAGAUGGUCGCUCCAGCGGCUCGCAGCCCGGGGCUGCGCAAACUUUUGCCCAUUCUCUACCAGCAGAACAUGAUGAAGGAGAUUGUGCAGUUGGCGGACUCGACAAACGAGGCGGUGCCCGUGGCGAAGCUGAUGCCGCGUGCCGUGGCUUUCGUGAAUGAGGCACUUCUGAAGGUAGGGCGUGAGCCGCUGAGCGAUGUGCGUGUCAGCGACAUUGGCUUCUCGCGCAUGAGCGAAGGCGCAGCUGCCAGUCCGUCCAGUACGUUAUAUGAGCAGACGGCAAGCGUGAUUGCCGACAUAUCUGGUCUGACGGAGAAAAUGCUUCUCUAUGCAAAGGAGCGGCAAUGGUCUAAAGCACUAGAGGUUGUGAAUGGACUGCCCACCGUCAUCAAGGCUGAGCCGUCAGCGGUGACCCUGCUUUACAAUUGUGCCUUGGGCGCUGCGGUGGAACACCCAGAGACGGUCAAAGAUAUCUACGCCCUGAUGACUACUCGUAGGGUGAAGGUGAACACGACAACGGUCAACACGGUGCUAAGUAGCCUAAGCAAAUCAUCGCGGUGGCAGGAGGCCAUCGAUUUCUUUGAGACCACAUCUCUCCAGCAGCGAGACAACAAUACGUACCUCGUCCGCUUUGCUCUGCUUGGAAAGCAGAAUCUGUGGAAGCAGGCGAUUGAAGCCUACGACGAGACGCGCGCGGCCAUCCCGAAACUGCCUGCUGCCAUGUUUUCUCUCAUCAUCAGUACGACAAGUGGGCACGACUGGCAUGCGACUUUACGAGUUUUUCAGGACAUGUUGAAGUCGUACGGCUCUGGUGUGAAGGAAAGCGUCGUGACACAGGUGAUUCGCUGCCUGGAGAAGAACGGCAAGACAGCUGAGAUUGCAAAGCUGGAAAAGGAACUGGCAAAGCGGAAGAAGAAGAAGUGA